ACAUACGACUGAAACAUGAAAGUUAAAUACCGAACUCGAUAUGUAAAACAGACAAUACAAAUUGAGGUUUAAUUUAAAUCGUUUUUAAUUGGUAAUUGUAAUAUACAGACAUAUAAUAUGUAUGUAAAAGAAGUGUUCAACAGACCAAAAUGUCAUGUGAGGUUUAAAGUAUAUAAACCUCCGCAUGUUUCGUUGGUAAAACCAAAUGCAGCAGGCAUAAACAUCAAAACGUACUUCAGUAGACUUUGUGUUACCAAUCUAGUACGUUUAUUGAUAUUUUUGCUGUACUAACACAUGUGUAUAUAAACAGACGAUGAUUUUAAUACAUGUAGUAGGUAUACGAGAUGAUGAUUCUUUUGAAUUCAAAUGGAAAAAUAAAUACUAGUUGGAAUUAAAAAAAAUCAUGAUGCGUUGGACUUGAAGGGGAAAUAUUGACACAUUCGAAAUCAAAAGGGGCUAAUUACUGUUUGGAUUUCAAAGGAAGACAACGAUUAUAACGAAUUCAAAGCGAGAUUAUGUAUGGCUGAUUUCGUUACCGACAAUAUCUACGGUUCGUUAACAAUACUUUGAUAGAUAUGACUUAAUACUAUUUCGCCCAAAUGUACACCGCGGUAAGAUUCAUUAUUGCAUGGAAGACAACUUUGAUAAGGAGGUCGUUUAUCGUUUUCAUCCGUAUCAAAGCACACAACCGAAUUUUAAUAAUGGUCAUCGGAAUAGAAACCUACUUUGAGGGCCGGUUCGUCGGUCGAACAGAUGAACGUCGCGAUUUGCAAGCUGUCUGAAACAAACAACAAAGAAUGUUCGGAAUUUUCGGGAUGCGAUCUGUUGGUACAUCAAGGCUAGCGAAAGAGUUUUUGGAUAGUGCAUCUGGCCAAUAUGAUGAAUUAGUCUACGUUAACUUGAAGGAGACCAGCGCAAUGUACGUCAAUAUAUGCGCCCAGUUGACUGUUUCUGUUCAAUCUCAUCCAAACGAUGUCAAGUCGUUGGAAAGCAUGCUUGUCUGUGCUGUUUCCACUAGAAAAACGCAAUACGUAUUCUUUUUUGACAAUGGCGAAUACUUUAUUGACAAUGAAGCCGAAACUCGCGAACCCCUACAAAAUGUGUUUGUUGCUCUUUUUAAACAGAACAAUAUAAAAGUCAUUUUGACUUCUACAACGAAGUUUCAGCUGGAAAGUUUGCGGCGUAUCUAUCACGUGUGUGAGCUGCAACCGCUAAAGCCGACAUAGACGACGGAGUUACUAAGAGCCGAAGCGCCGGAGGUGGACUACGGCGAAAACUGGGACCCUAUUGUCGAACUUAGUGAAAGGUUGACGCUUCUGAUUCUCAUGAUAACGUCCGAGCUUCGGAAUGAAGGGGGCAUGUUGACGCCGAAGGACAUGGCGCAACUGCUAGCGGAAUACAGACUGAAGGUCCAUAGUCGAGAGUUUUAUCCGGGGAAAGACAGAGUUGCUGACGUUUACCGGCUGUUCAUCGAUCGCCUGAGCCCCGUGCUGCAGAGACGUUUCUCAGAAUUGGAUUUUAUUCCUGGCUCGUUUACAGCAGAAGAGGCCAGAUUGCUCCUCGAUUACCCGACUAAAGCGGUGGUGAAGGACCAAGUGCUGGUCCAUGAACUUAGGCGUCACUUCAUUACCUAUGACCCCGCGAAUAGGCGCUUCAAUAUACAGCGAAUCUUGCGGGAGUGUCUCAAAACGUUUUUCGCUUUGCGGCACAUUCCAGAAAGCCGCAAGCGUUUCUUCCAAACGUUCACCGAGGUAAUGACGAGCAUAUCUCGACGUUAUACGUCACAGGAGUAUGCGAGCGCCUUGGCGGACUUUGCGUUUGAGCAGCCGAACCUGCAGAAGCUGUUGCUGGAGAAACGUACACGACACAGGACACUUACACGUUCUUUAUUCGGAUGGCAACUGAGUCCACAGAGUUUAUUGAGCAAUAUCUCGCAGGAAACUCGGAGGAUUUCUACAGUCAAUGUCAUCGUGCAACAGACCGAUACGGCAAAGAAAUGGACAAAGCUGCUGUAGAUCUGGCAGUGGGAAGCCUUUAUACUAAUGUCAAAGUACUUUUAAUAUAUGGAAUGAUGUAUGAAAUACAUGUACCUAGAUAACAAUAGCUAGACUGGAAUCAUGUUAGCUAAUUUAUGUUCACUUAUAUAUACACUAAUUAAUGUGUUAUAUAUGGUAGCUGUAAGUCUGCUGUAUUGUUCGUGAACAUUUAUAUCAACAUUAUUUGUGUGUGUUUGUGGUACAAUAUAUUCAACAUAUAUUCAUGUCCCAUUUAAGUGUCGCAUGAAUAGAUAUCGUUGCGGGAAAUUAAAAUGGAUUAUAUUUUGCCACACACAAAUAGAAAAGAGCAUUUUAUUUUACAGCGAUAUUUUGUCUGUUUACUAUAAAUGUCAACUUAACUUUAUAAUUCAGAUACUGAUCCUGGUGGUAACAGUUACUUACGCUUACUUUUAAUCAAUGUCGAUGAUUAUAUUGAUCAUACUAAUAGUGCACUCGAAUGUUUAAAGGGUACAUAAUACACGAUGUACAAACGGCGGUCCAUAUAGUAAAUAAAAAGGGUCUAUAAAAUAGGGUGGGUGUUACCGGUAUGUCUGAGCAUCCGCAAAGUCUGGCCAGGAGCUACUCUGUCCGCUUUACAAAUGGCAUAAGACACAUUUUCGCAAGACGUGUGACUCAUACCAUCUAUUAGCACAAU